AUGGCGCACGAGACGACGACCGUAUCGGAACUGACGGAAUUGGACAGCGACGGAUCGAGUUGCGGGGAACGCGAUGUCCGGAAACGUGUUCGCGUUGACGUGGAUUCGACAGGGCCGAAGAAGAGACGAAAACAAACGACCCCUGUAAGAUUCUCGUCCGCCCUGAUGAUGAGCGGCGUGCACGAGGAGUCGAACGAGGACGAUGACGAGGAGGAGGACGAGGACAGCGAAGGUAAGCUGUCGUCACAGUCACCAAUACCGAGUCAAUCGUCGAUCAGGGACGAGAACCUGAAUAACGAAUUCCGUUGCCAGUACUGCGGUCAGUUUUUUGAUAGCAAGGAAACGUUGAACGUUCACCUCGAUAACGAGCACGGUUCCGCGAAUCAGCCGUCUCAUCAGGCUCAAAGUGGAUAUUUGAAUAGCGCGAUUAAACAGGAACCGUCUCAGCAACUGGACCAAUCCGAGAACCCCGUUAAUCUGCUUAGCGUGAAGAACUUCGCGAUAAACUGGCUGGCUACUGGACCACACGUGCAAUCGCACGUGCAGAUGCAGCCGCAGACCGAGGAUUCCUGGCCUCCCACAACCCCGAGUCAAAUCGCCUCCUUACCUAAUCACCUGCAAGUACUUUCUUCCGGUUUUCCUGGCUCCUUGUCGCAGUAUCUACCUUUGCCCGCGUUCCCUUUAACGGACCCCAGUCCGAUCGCGAGAUCCUCCAUUGGACCGACCCCGAUGAGAAUCUUUAAUCCGGACGCGUACUGCGAUCUGUGCAACAAAGAGUUCUGCAACAAGUAUUUCCUAAAGACGCACAAGGCGAACAAGCACGGGAUCUACGUGGAUUCGCCGGGACCUAGCACGGUAGACAAUAACGUCCCGGCUCCGCUUUAUCCCGCUAAUUUUUCUAGCAACGUAGUUAAACUAGAACCAGCCGCGACACCGCCAACGCCUAGCGUCGCCUGUGAUCUUUGCCAGAAACGCUUCAAAAACGAGGAUUCGAUGCGGAAGCACAAACAAAAAAUGCACACCGAGUUGCUGGAUCAAUCGCAGGAACCGCAGAUCAAUCUGUCGCAGAACGAAGAGGACACGGACGCGUCGAGAAGUAAUUUUCCGAAUAUCGAGACGUUUUUUAGGCAAGAAUACGGGGUGGAACAAGAGGAUACAUCGUUUAUGCCGGCACCCAGACACCUAUCUCCUCAAUCGAUUCAACAGGCACGAGACUCCGGUUUUAACGCUGAUCGUCUUCGUCGUUUAGGAGUUAUAAAUCCGGACGCGUUCUGCGAGAUAUGCUGUAAAGAAUACUGUAACAAGUACUUCCUGCGAACGCAUAAAAUGAAGAGGCACGGUAUCAUCGUUCAAGAUAACGAGAGGUCGCCGAGUAAUCCAGGAUCAGCGCCCACUUGGCACCAAGUGCAGACCAGCCCGUUAAAUUUGAUCGUGACCGAGAGCACCAGCAGCACAGAGUCGAACGAACGACCUGGCGACGAUUACGAAUGCAAGCCCUGUGGGAUACGAUUUCAGACGAUCGAUCUUUAUCAGACGCAUUGCCGGAAGAUGCACGAGAGCGAAGAACAACAGCCGCCUAAACAAGAGUGCGCCGAACUGGAGACGCCGACCGAUCAACGAAACGAUUCGAUCUCGGAGGACCUUCAAAAAUUACAGACCAUGCUGUUGCAGUUGAACGGAUUGAAGUCCAGCAAGCAAGGCUUAUCGUGCAACGUCUGCGGAAAAGAAUGCGAGAACAGAGCGGCUUUACAUGUUCACAUAACGACAGAACACGCCCCCAUCCACGAAGAUUCGACAUCCUCGCCGCAAGAGAAAUCACCCUUAACCGUCACCUCGAUGUUCUGCACCCUGUGCGGCAAAGAUUACGCGAGUCAGGAUGCUCUGAGAAGACACAUCGCCGAAGAACAUCAACCACCGAUCCCGAGUACCCUUCCUCAAACACCCACCACCGCCGCUACAACGACCAAUUCGAACGCAACGAAUCAAAGCACGUCCGAAAGAAAGGUGACGUCGAUGACGCCCACAUCGAGCUACUGUGAAAUAUGCAACAAGGAGCUGUGCAACAAGUAUUUCAUGAAAACGCACAUGCAGAGGAUGCACGGUAUCGAGAUCGAGAACGGAGCUCAGAUCGGUGGAGUGAUAUGCAACAUCUGCAACAAGGAACUGUGCAGCAAGUACUUCCUGCGCGUGCACAAGCACAACACCCACGGAAUCGUCGACGAAAACGCGCCUAGCUCGGUGAAACAGGAAACGCACGAGGCGACGAACGUCGACGAUACCGCUUUGAAGCCGGAACAACUCGGCGACCUGAGUCACAGGUACUUUACCCACUUCACGGAGGUUUGUCCUAUCUGUAGCAGAAGGUUCCGCAGUAUAAAAUGGCUGAAGGCUCACCUGAUGGGCGAUCACGGGAAAGCAGGCAUCGAUAAAUGGCGCGACAUGGAGCAACAUUAUCAAACCACCUCCAGAUCGGGGAGUAGAACAACCAACACACCGAAGAACACCCAGCAGAGCUCGAACUUGAAGAUACCGAACGGAUUCGAAAUUUCGCAACAACUCAAACCGACCGAUUACUCUGGCCUGGGAAAUCAAGUAUUGUCCAAUUUGCUAGGAUCUUCUUCGGAGGAUCAACAGUUGAAGAAUUAUCGUUGCUCUUAUUGUUCCUUCACGACCACCGUGUUACCGUUUCUCUUUCUUCACGAGAGAUCUCACGUACACUCCCGGGAGAACGUGGAGGGAGAGAAAUCUCUUCAAUGUCCGAUCUGCUCGCAAGCCUUUCAUCAGCCAGAGCAGUUACAUCAACAUCUGCUCGCGGUGCACCAGUUCCCAACGUUACUGUCUAAUUUUCAACCACCAAUUAUCAACAACUUAACACCAGACGUAGAGAAGUUGAACGAGGUUAAGGAGAGGAUCGAACUGGAACCGAAGGAGGAUCCUAUCGUGAAUUGUCCGCAGGUCACUGCCAACAAAAACGUCCCUGAACCGAUGAGAAAUCAACGACAGGACGACACGACGGUUCAGGUCACUCCUCAGGGUGUGUACAAGUGCGCGCAGUGUUGUUACGCCACUACCAAUUUGAACAGAAUCAAGAAACACGUUAGAAAGGAUCACAGAACGAUCGGAGAUCCUACCGACAGCGUGAUCGCCGAGCUUGGUAGAACUUUGAAGGACGUUGCCAACAAACACAAAGUACCGGCCUGCUACGCGAUGCCCCAGGACAUGAACUCGAAUCCUGACAAGACGAUCAUGCAACCUUUUCUGAUCGAAGAACAAGACGCGAUGCAAGUCGGCGAGGAAUCCGGCUCGGAUAAACGAUUCGCACCGGCUUUGGUUUAUUUGCCGGUUAAAUCGCGAAUCAAUAACUCCCUUACCGCAUCGUUCACCCUCAGUCCUGCUUGA